CAUCAGUACGGGCAAGCGUUUUGAAAGCCUUGCUCCCGUUAUAUGAGGACGUAAAAUUAUCCAGCAAAUUAACAUUGUUCAGUCACAAAUACCAACAAAGAAUUCUUAGAUUAUCUUGGGAUAAGAGCGGAUGCAAUCAGGAGAUUGCAAUAAAGCUCGUCACAGCCAUGUUCAGGUCCCAAGUAUAAAACAAAAAAAAAUGAAAAAAGACAAAUCAAAUAUGACCAAAUAUCUAAUGCCGGUGAUGGCGACUCUGUUGGCUCGCUUUAAAAGCAAUGUCAAUUGUAUUAUCCAUUUGAUAAAAAUUCCUCAAUAUUUUGACUUUGAUAAUACAAUUGACAUGGAAGAUCUGCAUUUAAGGAAUUUAUUGGGCGCUCUGCAAGCCAUCGCCCAGGAUUCUGCAGACGCGACAGUGCUGGACAACUGCAGCAAUACUUUGCAUUGCCUUUCUAAAAGGGCAAGAAGUAUUGCUGCAGAUUGCGAUGCCGCCAUUAAGACCAUCGUAGACAAAUGCGCAUUCGUAUAUAUGGAGCCAUAUAUUACAUGGCUAUGUAUUGUGGAUGGGCAAAUGGAUCCAAAAUGUGCCAAGAAAGAAGAUUUUCCUGAGAUUUUAAAUUCCCUAAAAAAAAUCUACAUUUUCCAAUAUUUAUAUAAUGUAAAUUAUUUAAAUAUAUGGGAAGAUUUUUUAGAGGAAUUUAAAGUCUUCAGGAAUGGCGUUAUUGAAAGGAAUCUCCCUAUCGAAGGAUCGAUAUACUGCCUGCUUUCUUACGGCGCUUAUUUAUCUUGGGCAUUGAUCGAAGUGAAAAAAAUGGAUUUAAAUAAUAUGGUCGUUAAUGCUAUCGCUUGUAUGGAACAAGCCGAUAUGUUAAAGUUAAAAUUAAAAAAUUACAUUGAAAUUUGCAAAGACAUUGUACAAAAUGUCUCUCAUAACGAUCUCCAACAAGCUGCCUUGUUUGCAAUAUGUACAUUAGCCGCAAAUUUCAAUGUAGAACUGGCCGACCAUAAGAACCCGAUUCUACACGACUUGGUUUUAAAACUAAGCUCGGAUGACGUUAUGUUAAUCAAUAAGUAUGCAGAAGAAUAUGUUUUCUUAAAACAUUGGACAGGUAAUAAUUAGAAUAAAAUUAAUUUAAAUAUUUCUUAUUGAAGUGGAGCUUCUAAUGCAAGUGCCAACAAGAAAUGUUGAAUAGAAAGAGACACAGAGCGAAAAUUGUCUGAAGAUGGUAUAGAUUAUAUAAAAAUUUUGUAAAUUGUCUGAAGAUUUGUAAUAUAUUUCUUUACUGGGAAAGUUUUUGAACAUAUUUUAAUAGUUGGUUGUUUGAUAUCUGCUGUGAUGCAUGUUGAUACACUUUUAAGCUUCAAUUAUAAAUUGAAAUG